CAUGCCGGUAUUUGUCCGUGAGCCAUCCUCGUGGUAUGGUGUCUGCUGGGGGCUGUCAGAUUAAUGAUGCCGGCGGUGUAGUGCGGCGGAUGUGAGGCUGAGCUCAGCCGACCCAACUACCCUUCAACAGCCUUUCUUUCCCUUCUAUUUUUAGCAACCCGCAAGCGCCGCCCGCCGCCACCACCACCACCACUUCUCAUUGGGUUGGGACUACAUAUUCUCAUUUUCCUGAUCAGUCAAAAGACUACUUUUCUCAUCCUCGGUUCGGAGAUGACCCCUACAAGGAAUCCGACAUCGUGGGCCGUGGUCCUCCUCCCCAUCCUGUUCGUCCUCUUCCUCCCCAAUCCCCAGCUGGGUCUCUCUCUCUCCUCCUCCUCCGCGUCAGUGGGCCCACUUGUCCAGCAGCAGCUCGACAGAAUCCUUGAGCUGCCGGGUCAGAGCUUCAACAUCAGCUUUGCCCACUACUCCGGGCAUGUCACGGUCAACGAGGAGUCCGGGAGGGCCCUGUUCUACUGGUUCAUCGAGGCCGAGGAGGAUCCCGAUUCCAAGCCACUGGUUCUUUGGCUCAAUGGAGGACCGGGAUGCUCGUCCAUUGCUUACGGGGAGGCAGAGGAAAUAGGCCCUUUCCAUAUCAGACCGGAUGGGAAGACCCUUUAUUUGAAUCCUUACUCUUGGAAUAAAGUUGCCAACAUAUUGUUUCUCGACUCCCCUGUUGGAGUUGGGUUUUCUUAUUCAAAUAAUUCCUCCGAUUUGCUGGAUAAUGGGGAUAAAAGGACUGCUGAGGAUUCGUUGGAGUUUCUGUUGAAGUGGUUUGAGCGCUUCCCGCAGUACAAGGGGAGGGAGUUUUAUCUCACAGGAGAGAGCUAUGCAGGUCACUAUGUUCCUCAACUUAGCAAAGCCAUCGUAAAUUACAACAAAGCAAAAGGUGAACAAGUGAUCGAUAUAAAGGGUUAUAUGGUGGGAAAUGCUUUGACCGAUGAUCUUCAUGAUCACCUGGGAGUUUUCCAGUUUAUGUGGUCAGCCGGUCUGAUAUCUGAUCAAACAUUCAGGAAGCUAAAUAUUCUCUGCGAUUUCCAGUCAUUUAUUCAUACCUCGGAUUCAUGUGACAAAGUUCUCGAUAUAGCUAGUGAAGAGCUCGGGGAUAUUGAUCCUUACAGCAUCUUCACUCCUCCUUGCCCUUCUAAUAACAGCCAGUCGAACCAGAUUCUUAAGAGGAUAAGAGCAGUCGGCCAUGUCAAUGAGAAGUAUGAUCCUUGCACGGAGAAGCACUCGGUUCAAUACUUCAAUCACCCUGAGGUCCAACAGGCGCUUCAUGUGAACAAGAACUUUGCUCCAGCUAAAUGGGAUACCUGCAGUGAGCUAGUCAAUUCGAACUGGAAGGAUUCUCCUCGAACGGUGCUCGAUAUCUACCGGGAACUCAUCCAUGCAGGACUAAGGAUAUGGAUGUUCAGUGGUGAUACUGAUACUGUUAUCCCGGUGACGUCCACCCGUUACUCCAUAGACUCUCUGCAUCUCCCCACCACGAAGCCAUGGCGUGCUUGGUAUGAUGAUGGGCAGGUCGGAGGGUGGACCCAGGAGUAUGAAGGGCUUACCUUUGUGUCUGUAAGAGGAGCAGGGCAUGAAGUCCCUCUGCACAAACCAAAGCUUGCUCUCUCGCUCAUCAAGGCCUUCUUAGCGGGAUCUUCCAUGCCUUCACUUCAACUCAUCAGCGAUUCUUGAGAAAGAAGCUUCCUGGUUGAUCCUUACUCAUUCCGAGACAAGAACUGUCUCCUUUCGGGUCACAGCAAAUUCAAGUCGUGAAAUAUCUGAACUGUGUUAAUAAUGUAGGAAAAGUUUGAGGAUCUUGCUGUUUCUCGAGCGAGGACAGCCAAACAAUUAUGUACUUUAAUUUUACCAGAAUCACAGAAAACAAUCGAACAUUUAUAUUCUCAUUAGAAGAAAUUAUAUCAGCUGAUGAGACAAAUUUUCAAUACAUACAGCAAUUAAAUAA